AUGGCGGCCAAUGAUAAUUAUCAUCCAGGAGGUCGUCAGAAUGUGAAAAAAGGAGGUAAGCUUGAUGUAGAUGCUUUGACUAUGUUAGCCAGUUCUGUGAAGGCACUAACAAGCAGGUUUGAUAAGUUCCAAGCUGGAACAUCUACUAGCCCCCAGGAAGUGAGUCGCCUAUCAACUCUUCAAGAUCAAGCAAAGGUUCAAAAAGAACAAUGCAAUGUUGUUUUCUUGAGAAGAGAUGAAGCCUUUCCGAGGCAAAUUGUUGAGAAGGUGUGCAGUGAGGAGUCUAGAAAAGACGAAAAGGGCAAGGAUGUUCAAAGCUCCAAAUAUGUGGCUCCACCGGCUUAUGAGGAACCAAUUCCUUCCCCACAACGGUUGUCAAAAGCCAUGCUCGAUAGACAUUUUGGCAAAUAUUGUGAAGCCCUCAAGAAGGUACACGGUUCUACUCCCUUUUCUGAUCUUUUAGUUCAAAUGCCUCAAUUUGCAAAUUUUGUAAAGAAUAUUAAAGAUCAACAAAAGGAUAAGGAAGUAGUAAAUAAGAAAGGCCCUACUCUCUUAUAUGAUAACCUACCACCUAAGCUGCAUGAUCCGGGUAGUUUCACUAUUCCCUGCACGAUAAAUGAGAAAUUUUUCGAUAGGGUUUUGUGCGAUUUAGGUGCUAGUGUUAACUUAAUGCCUUAUUCAUUAUAUGAGAGCUUAGGCUUGCAAGGACUUAAACCUUCCCCUAUUUAUCUUCAAUUGGCUGAUAGGACUUCUAGACUCCCUAAGGGUGUGGUUGAAGAUGUAUUAGUCACGGUGGGUGGACUUGUUAUUCCUGUUGAUUUUGUUGUCUUGGAUAUGAAGGAAGAUCGGAAGAUCCCGAUCAUACUUGGUCGUCCAUUCCUUGCCACAAGUCAAGCUUUAAUAGAUGUUCCUAAAGGACAAGUGACCAUUAGGGACCAGGAUAAACAAGUCAUGUUCAAGCUCUUUGAUGAACAUAAUUCUAUAUUUGAUGGUGGUACUUGCUUAAGAAUCGAUGCUACUAACCCCUUGGUUGAUAAGUAUGUAUUUGAUAGAAAUUUCGUGAGAAGCAAGAACAAAAUUCCACCCGAUGAUGUGCUUGGCCACAUGAAGGUGAGUUCGGAUAUAAGGCAGGUAAACAAUAAAAUGAAGGAGUCACUUGGAGGCAAUCAUUCCCAUGGGCAACAUUGCGGAGUUCCCCCUUCGUGUGGUGAUCCCGGUUGA